AUAUGCUAGCCAGAGAUCAUAUCAAGAGAUGGGAAAGUUAAUGCACAACACACAAAUCAAGCACUCAAGUCAUCCCCAUCUUCUACAAUUAUCACCAACUCUUCAUCUUCAAAACCAACAAAAUUGUGCUGGUUGCAACCUUCAAAUUUCUUCUCAUGAUCACACCGAACAAGUCUACACUUGCGCCCCGUGUGGUUUUUUCUUGCAUCAAUCAUGCACAAAGUUUCCACAACUAAUCACACAUCCAUCACACCGUGAACAUUCCCUUUCUCUCCUUCCCACCCCUAUAUACCCUGGCGGUUUUUUCCGUUGUGAUGCAUGCACACAGCAUGGAACCAAAUUUAGCUAUCAUUGUCAUUUUUGUGAUUAUGAUUUGCAUGUUCUUUGUGCAUCAAAACCACUUUCUACCAACCAUCCUUUUCAUCCUCACCCGCUUGUUCUAACGUUUUCGUCUCCUUAUGGUGAAAAAUUAGGCUUUUCUUGCGACGUCUGUCAGAGUGUAGGAUCAUGUGAUCAAUGGCUUUACCGAUGCAAUUCUUGUGAAUUUGAUGUUCAUUUACAUUGUGCAUUAGUCAAAGUACAACCCCAUCAACAACCACAACCACAUCCACAACCUCCGCCUCUCCAACACACUUAUUCGUUUCCAGGUGCAGCGCAACCAAAUCAUUCCAUGGCGGCGGCGGGCCAACCACUUCCACAUAGUAUGAGCACGGGACAUAUUCAACCGAAUUACUGGCAACCACAACCGCAACCAAUGCAAAAUAACCCUCAACCACAACCAAGUAGUUUCCAGCAGCCACCCCAACAAGUUGGUAUACAAAGUAAUUACAAUAUGCCAAUGCAGACUUCUGGGCCUGCAAUGAACAAUAAUAAUAAUAAUCAAAAUAAUGGACUUGCGGAUGUGAUAGUCACCGGGUUUGUGGAAGGUAUGGCACAGCAGCUUGGCCAGGAUUUAGUCCAAAGUCUUACGGGUGGCGGGAAUGACGGUGGAAAUAAUAAUAACUAUGACGGCACUGCUAGUACGAAUGAUGAGUACUAAUACUAGUAGCUUGUGAAUGGAUGGUUGAUAUAUAAUUUGUUUUCGAAUGUUUAUGUAAUAUUUUGCCUGCUUAUAUAUGCUCGCAUUUCUGUAAGCUUUCACAAUCCUUAAGCUAUAUAUAUGAGUGAAUGAGUGAUUAUAUAUGAAUUUGAAGUGGCAAUUGUUAAUUUGGAUUAUGAAA